UUAUGGCCCCCUGUGAACGGAUUUGGGGGGCGUGGUUAAAGAAAAAUAUUCUAAGUCAUUUUUGUUUGAUAGUUUUUAGCCAAUGCUCAACAAGUCUUUAGCUGAACAGCGGCAAUACGAGGAAGCAAAGAAAGGGGCGCUGAAGAAAGCUGAGCAAGUCAAAGAAAACGCAGUAGAACACCAAAGUGAAAGAAAUUGUGAGAGAGGCCGGUGGCGGAGGGGCCGGUGGGGCAGAGGCCGGUGGCUCAAGGACCGGUGGCUCAAGGACUGGCGGCGCAAAGACCAGCGGCUCAAAGACCGGCGGCUCAAAGGCCGGCAGCGCAAAGACCAGCGGCGCAAAGACCAGCGGCGCAAAGACCAGCAGCGCAAAGACCAGCGGCGCAAAGACCACCACUCCAAUCGCAAAGUGCCACGAAUCGAGCCAGGGACGACCGGAGGCAGGCUGCGGCAAAUAGAGGAUCAUCUCAGAAAGAAUCAACAGAUGUUUCAAAAGCCAAGAGAGGAAGAAAGAAAAAGUUUUCAGCCAAUGCUCAACAAGUCUUUAGCUGAACAGCGGCAAUACGAGGAAGCAAAGAAAGGGGCGCUGAAGAAAGCUGAGCAAGUCAAAGAAAACGCAGUAGAACACCAAAGUGAAAGAAAUUGUGAGAGAGGCCGGUGGCGGAGGGGCCGGUGGGGCAGAGGCCGGUGGCUCAAGGACCGGUGGCUCAAGGACUGGCGGCGCAAAGACCAGCGGCUCAAGGACCGGUGGUUCAAAGGCCGGCAGCGCAAAGACCAGCGGCGCAAAGACCAGCGGCGCAAAGACCAGCAACGCAGAGACCACCACUCCAAUCGCAAAGUGCCACGAAUCGAGCCAGGGACGACCGGAGGCAGGCUGCGGCAAAUAGAGGAUCAUCUCAGAAAGAAUCAACAGAUGUUUCAAAAGCCAAGAGAGGAAGAAAGAAAAAGUUUUCAGCCAAUGCUCAACAAGUCUUUAGCUGAACAGCGGCAAUACGAGGAAGCAAAGAAAGGGGUGCUGAAGAAAGCUGAGCAAGUCAAAGAAAACGCAGUAGAACACCAAAGUGAAAGAAAUUGUGAGAGAGGCCGGUGGCGGAGGGGCCGGUGGGGCAGAGGCCGGUGGCUCAAGGACCGGUGGCUCAAGGACUGGCGGCGCAAAGACCAGCGGCUCAAGGACCGGUGGUUCAAAGGCCGGCAGCGCAAAGACCAGCGGCGCAAAGACCAGCGGCGCAAAGACCAGCGGCGCAAAGACCGGCGGCUCAAAGGGCGGCAGCGCAAAGACCAGCGGCGCAAAGACCAGCGGCGCAAAGACCAGCAACGCAGAGACCACCACUCCAAUCGCAAAGUGCCACGAAUCGAGCCAGGGACGACCGGAGGCAGGCUGCGGCAAAUAGAUUUUCAGCCAAUGCUCAACAAGUCUUUAGCUGAACAGCGGCAAUACGAGGAAGCAAAGAAAGGGGCGCUGAAGAAAGCUGAGCAAGUCAAAGAAAACGCAGUAGAACACCAAAGUGAAAGAAAUUGUGAGAGAGGCCGGUGGCGGAGGGGCCGGUGGGGCAGAGGCCGGUGGCUCAAGGACCGGUUGCUCAAGGACUGGCGGCGCAAAGACCAGCGGCUCAAAGACCGGCGGCUCAAAGGCCGGCAGCACAAAGACCAGCGGCGCAAAGACCAGCGGCGCAAAGACCAGCAGCGCAGAGACCACCACUCCAAUCGCAAAGUGCCACGAAUCGAGCCAGGGACGACCGGAGGCAGGCUGCGGCAAAUAGAUUUUCAGCCAAUGCUCAACAAGUCUUUAGCUGAACAGCGGCAAUACGAGGAAGCAAAGAAAGGGGCGCUGAAGAAAGCUGAGCAAGUCAAAGAAAACGCAGUAGAACACCAAAGUGAAAGAAAUUGUGAGAGAGGCCGGUGGCGGAGGGGCCGGUGGGGCAGAGGCCGGUGGCUCAAGGACCGGUUGCUCAAGGACUGGCGGCGCAAAGACCAGCGGCUCAAAGACCGGCGGCUCAAAGGCCGGCAGCACAAAGACCAGCGGCGCAAAGACCAGCGGCGCAAAGACCAGCAGCGCAGAGACCACCACUCCAAUCGCAAAGUGCCACGAAUCGAGCCAGGGACGACCGGAGGCAGGCUGCGGCAAAUAGAGGAUCAUCUCAGAAAGAAUCAACAGAUGUUUCAAAAGCCAAGAGAGGAAGAAAGAAAAAGUUUUCAGCCAAUGCUCAACAAGUCUUUAGCUGAACAGCGGCAAUACGAGGAAGCAAAGAAAGGGGUGCUGAAGAAAGCUGAGAAAGUCAAAGAAAACGCAGUAGAACACCAAAGUGAAAGAAAUUGUGAGAGAGGCCGGUGGCGGAGGGGCCGGUGGGGCAGAGGCCGGUGGCUCAAGGACCGGUGGCUCAAGGACUGGCGGCGCAAAGACCAGCGGCUCAAGGACCGGUGGUUCAAAGGCCGGCAGCGCAAAGACCAGCGGCGCAAAGACCAGCGGCGCAAAGACCAGCGGCGCAAAGACCGGCGGCUCAAAGGCGGCAGCGCAAAGACCAGCGGCGCAAAGACCAGCGGCGCAAAGACCAGCAACGCAGAGACCACCACUCCAAUCGCAAAGUGCCACGAAUCGAGCCAGGGACGACCGGAGGCAGGCUGCGGCAAAUAG